CUCUCGUCGAUUAUCCGCGGGAUUCACCAAACGCAGGACGCUACAGUCUGUUAGGUGCGAACCAUGUUCUCAACAACAGCGAGGUCCAGGUUCGGGUUGAGGUUCCAGCAAGUGAUGGCACAGCACUGAAGACGAGAAUCGGCACACAGUCACACGCGCACACACAGUUCGACGAAUCUGCUCCGACUGUGUCUCGACCAUGAACGACGCUACGUCGGCGCCAAGGAACCAGAGUUCAGGGGAGCUGGACACGCUAGAGUCGGCCACUUGCGUUUCCCCCCAGACACACGACAAUAGCGGCAACAGGGCAGAACGACAGCCAGCAGCGCCCACGAGCCGGAGCAGCUACGAGACGGGUAUCAUCAUUCGGAACUCUUACAGUUAUGACAUCCAUCUACAAACAUUCGACAGCUCACUGCUCACUCCUCACUCCCCCCAUCUCCAUCUUGGUCAAUCAUACACCAUGGGCCCCCGCCGAACCAGGACUGGGGUCAGACGAGGGCGCGAGUCCAAGAUGCAAAACUCGCAUUUUCCCGUCUGCCCUCCCGCCGCCAUGUUUCCCCAAUUCCAUGAUUUGGGCACCCGGUUGCAGCCAGACACCCACGACAAGCCAGACUUUACAGACCCAGACGCACAAGAACCAGGUGCCAGGACCCCAGGAGCAGGGCCCGGCUGGCGUGCCCAACCUUGAACCCAUGGCUGUGAUCCGACUCAUCCCAUGGUGCCCAUCCAGGAUCGGAGCCUGUUCCACUCGUUUGGAUGGCGUGGGGCCCCCGUUAUGACGUCUGCCUCAUCGUCAUAUCCGCUUC